AUGGUGAGCAUGGCCGGUCAACAGCAUCAGUAUUCUCCCCGAUAUCCUAGUCUAUUAGUUACACUUAAACAUAAGCCGGAAGAAAGAACUCAUGCUGAUGUUUAUUCCACUGCUCGAGCACGUCGAGCAAAAGAUUCUUACUAUCCAUCGUUAUUUCAAACGAAAAAUGUCUACAUGAAUGGAAAUCAACGUCAACAACCACCGUCACCACCUGUACAAUCCUCACCACCCCAACAACAACUUCCUCAUCGGUCACAUGUGCCUCCACGAUAUCAACAAAAGCCCACAUUCUAUAAUAAUUCGGAUCGCAUUCAUCAACCGUAUCAACAACAAUCGAUUCGACCACUGAUGGAAAUCAAAGACAACUUAUUUUCUUUACACGAUGAUGUCGAACCCGACUUAGACGAUGACGAUCAAUCGUUACGAAUUCUUCAACCCAAAGAUGCACAACAACGCACUCAAUAUCGAAAUCGUAAGGCAGAAUUAGACUGGGAUCAUGCUUUUGAUUUAGAUCUCAUUGACUUGUACUCAACACAUAUCGAUACGGAUAGUCAUUCAUUGACAAGCACAAUAAGUUCGACAGAUACAUCAUAUUGUUCUUUUUAA